CUUGUUGCUGCCAACCAUGCCCAUCAGACCUUUUCCACUUGCGCUCGGCGUGGGGAACGACAUUGCGCAUGUACAGCGUUUCAAGGAUGUUGUCGCGAAGCAUAGGCAUGACCCUGAGCUGGCGACCCGCCGAUUCCAUCGCUUCGUCCGACGGCUGUUCACUUGGCGAGAAUUGGAGGACUUUUAUCGGCAUCCCGCUUACCGGGGCGGUGUUGGUCGGAACAAUGGCGCGGUAGUUGACGAUAACAUCUGGCGUCACCUGGCUGGAAGAUGGGCGGCGAAGGAGGCAGUCAUCAAAGCCGUGCACUGGCGAAGGCUGACGUUCAAACAUAUCAUGGUCUUGAGGAGUCACCGGUCCACUAAGGAUGCGACCGGCCCAUUGUACGCGCUAAUACUGGACAAGCCGGCCGCUUCAUGGGACUCUAUGUCCAUCUCGAGGUGGGCCCGUCAUUCUGGUGAGGAUCUGCGGGACUCUGAGGAAGGGGCGGAUCAUGAUAGCGAUGCAUGGCAGUUACCACUGAGCGAGGCCGCUCACGACACUGAUCCUGCGCGAGCGAACUCUGAGCGAGAUGUCGACGACAACUCUAUCCCAGCUGGAUUGCAGACGGACGAGCAUUUGACUGGUCAGAUUGCGAAGAUCAGUAUCAGUCAUGAUGGUGGCUUUGCGUCUGCCGUUUGCAUAGCCGCUGAGGAGCCGAGAGAAGGUGACGUGGGCGGCGAGGCGGCGGCACGAGAACCAUGA